AGCUCCUUGUCACAGUAUCAAGGAUGACCGGAGAGUGGUACGGACUGGCUUCUCCCCGAUCCAUAUGUUUUGGAAACGCUUCAGUGGGGAUUAUUCAUGAUGAUGGGGCUACUUUCAGCGGUGUACGCCUCACAGCAGUCCAAGUAGCAAUUCUCAUAGGAGCCAAAAAAGAUAAUGGAAAGUGGGGCGAAUGCCCUAUAAAUGAAGAGCCAUACCUAACAUCCAACUGGAGCGGCGGCCGCAUUCCACGCCUGUCGGAAUGCAGUAUGGGAUCAGUUCGAGACUUCUAUUAUCGUGUCAACGAUGGUGAACACAGUCUUUGCUGGAAUGACGAACCCGAGCCCGCUCUCCAAAAUAAUACUGGUUUCCCCGUGGAUUUCUACAAGGUGUUUGACUGUGAUCAAUGCCAUGUUGCAGAACACAUCAAGAAUAACACUGGCAAUCGAAUAAAUUGCUCGAUCUCCACAAUCAACCGGAACAUUGACAACUGGCCAUCGACGACGGAGAGCCCCUGGCACCGUGCAGCAAGGAAACGGUAUCGACAGUUGUACCGGAGGCACACUACAACAGUUUCACCUUACAAGAGCUGCACACAGCCAUGUUGUCGCUUCAUCCGCUACGGACCGGGACGUGGUGGGUGGUGGAAUUGCUGGGACACCACUGCCGCUGACGGCACAGUAUGUGACUCGACACGGGUGUGCUUAGAUGGAGCGUGCGGCUGAAUACACUCUUGUGACAGAAGCAAAUUAUGGGUUUGGGUCAGCUUACAUUUUCUUUCUAUUUGCUUUUCUUGUCGCGCAAAAACCAAGCACAUUCACCGAAAGCCAGUGAAGUAUGAACAGACUUGCAAAUGUAUAAGGCAAUAAAAAAAAAGGUCGCUGAACAUUUUGAGCCACAAGAA